AUGUAUACAGCCGUUGCAGCGCUUACGCUGAUGACCGUGACACAUGUCACGACUGGUCAAAUGACAGAGGACUACAGAAAAGCCAUAGUAGACGAGCACAAUAAACAACGACGCUCUAUUGCCACACAAGCCACCUAUCACCUCGAAUAUGAUAUGCAUCUCGAGUGCGCUGCACAGCGCCAUAUCGAACGACAACAAGGAGGUUACGCCGGUGGAAAUAGCUUGCGUGUACAGGAUUACGAGGCCUGUGCAUGUGAGACGGGAAUCACUACGUCGACAGGGGAUAACAUUACUGUCGGUGAGAAUUGGUAUUCGGGUGCACCAGUAGAUCAUGUCACGGGAGGGGCGACUAAUGCAUGGGUAGACUAUCAAUGGGGAACAUCAGAUGGCUACAACGGAUGCAGUGAGCGUGAGAAUUAUGUGGUAAACAAGCUGGAUGAAAGGGCUAUUGGACUCUCUCCUGGGAUAAGUAGUCUGAAAAUUAAUGAAUGUCAGGGGGGUAUGGAUGCCGGGUUCAUACAGGUCAUGUGGGCUAAUACGCAACGUGUUGGAUGCUAUUAUACCCAAGGGUUUGGCACUGUGUGCAACUACUAUCCGGCUGGUAACGUUGUGAACGAGGAAUAUGCAAUAUUUGGCGACAGCUGUGCGCAAUGCCCGGCAACAACCAAGUGCGUGGAAGGGCUGUGUGUCAUAGGUGAUGACGAUGGCAACGUGGGAAACAGCAGCCAGGACACAAACUUGGACUUUGAGGAUAUGAAUACUGGAGAAGAGGCAUUGGAUGACGAAGUUGAGGGGCCAUACGUGUCCAAUUUACAUGCUGACGACAGUAACGUCAUCUCGAACCAGGGCUCGAGUUCAAGAUAUCCUUCAGGCAGAAAUCAAGCUACAAGUCCAGAUAAAAACCUGGACUAUGAGGACAUGAAUAGCGGAGAAGAAGAAAUAUACUUUGAGGAUGCGAACACCGGAGAAGAGGAAUUGGAUGAUGAAGUUGAGGGGCCAUUCGCGUCCAAUUUGCAUGCUGACGACGGUAACGUCAACUCAGACCAGGGCGCUAGUUCGGGAGUUCCUUCGGGCAGAAGUCAAGUUAUAAGUCAAAAUAUAAACCUGGAUUAUGAGGACAUGAAUAGCGGAGAAGAGAAAUUGGAUACAGAAGUUGAGGGGCCAUACGUCCCCAGAGCACGUGUAGACGAGGUAAACGUCAACUCAGACCAGGGCGCUAGUUCGGGAGUUCCUUCAGGCAGAAGCCAAGUUAUA